CUUAGCUAGGGAUAGGCAGAAAGAAUCAAGCUUUUUCUGCUCGCAGACAUUUUCAGUUCGUCGGAAAUGUUGAGAAGGUUGCUAGUUCAAGCUGCUAAUCAGACCUCUCGCGAUUUUGGGUUUCACCGGCCUUCAUCUUCUUUCUUAUUCACCCGUUCCUUUUCUUCUUCCUCUCCUGCGCCUGCACCUGGAAAUGUAAUCACCUCUUCUAUCGAGCAUUUGGAAGAUGGGGAAACAUCUUCUACAGAACCAACUUCGAUACCCUUUUCUACUCUCUCCAUAGAUCGUUCCAGCUUGCACAACCCACAUGAGCAUUCUCAUGGGCAUUCUGAUGAUUCUGAUCUUGUUAAGCAUCUCAAGAGCAUCAUCAAGUUUCGUGGCGGGCCAAUCUCUAUGGCAGAAUACAUGGAAGAAGUCCUGACAAAUCCUAAACACGGGUUUUAUAUCAAUAGGGAUGUGUUUGGGAAGGAAGGUGAUUUUAUAACCUCCCCUGAAGUAAGCCAGAUGUUUGGAGAGAUGAUUGGUGUUUGGACAAUGUGUUUGUGGGAACAAAUGGGCCGACCAAACAGAGUAAACCUAAUCGAACUUGGUCCAGGGAGAGGAACUUUGAUGGUGGAUCUUAUACGUGGUACAACAAAGUGUAAAGCCUUCAUAGAAUCUUUGCAUAUACACAUGGUGGAGUGCAGUCCAACUCUACAGAAACUUCAGUUUGACAACUUGAAAUGCCAAGAAGAGGCGAAUUCUGCUGAAGAUGCAAGUAAAAGAAUCACCUGCACAUUAUCAGGAAGCCCUAUAUCAUGGCAUACUACAUUGGAACAGGUUCCGGCAGGGGUGCCAACCAUCAUUAUUGCCCAUGAAUUUUAUGAUGCUCUACCAGUUCAUCAAUUUCAGAGGGCAGCUCGUGGCUGGAAUGAGAAAAUGGUUGAUGUGGCUGAAGAUUCAUCGCUACAGUUUGUUCUAUCUCGGCAACAUACUCCUGCUACUCUCUUUCUCAUGAAGCGUUUUAACUGGACCACACCUGAAGAAAUUGCAAAGCUCAAUCAAAUAGAAAUUUGUCCAAAAGCAAUGGAGUUGACUCAGACAAUUGCAGAGAGAAUAGGUUCUGAUGGAGGUGGGGCACUUAUCAUUGAUUAUGGCCUCAAUGGUGUGAUAUCCGAUAGUCUUCAGGCAAUUCGCAAACACAAGUUUGUUAACAUACUAGAUGAUCCCGGUUCAGCUGAUCUGAGUGCAUAUGUUGACUUUGCAUCUAUAAGGCAUGCUGCCGAGGAAGUUUCAGAAGAUGUAUCUGUCCACGGACCAAUGACACAGUCACAAUUUCUUGGUUCUUUGGGGAUAAACUUUAGAGUGGAAUCACUUAUGGAAAAUUGCACAGACGAACAAGUUGAGUCUCUUAGGACAGGCUACUGGCGGCUGGUGGGAGAAGGUGAAGCACCAUUUUGGGAGGGCGAGGAUGAUCAAACACCUAUUGGCAUGGGUACACGAUAUUUAGCCAUGGCCAUUGUAAACAAGAAGCAAGGAAAUCCAGUUCCUUUCCAAUGAGAAGAGUUUCCUCUACUUUGGGACUAUUUUUCAGUUCCUUUUAAUGUUGCAUAAUUUAUGACUAUGUAUUUUUAGGUCUUUGAGAAUAAGUUGACUUAAAAGUUUCACAUUUAAUAAUUAACUUAUAUGUUCAAGGAAGAGUCAAUUUAGAUUUUUUUGUUAGGUAUAAUAUAUUUUUGGAUGAUUCAGAUUAUAAUAUAUUUACUUUAUUUGAUA